AUGGCUCGCAAUGACAACGGCGCAACUUCUUGGCCUCAAUAUACCACUGAUCCUGAUGACCCGCAUGCAGAGCUGACUGCCCCGACUCUCUCUUCGCAGAGACCGUUUCAACAACAACUUCCACCCAUAUAUCAAAACUACCAUGGGCUCGGUGGCAACACUUCAGCACCCCUCAUACCUGAGAGAAAUCAUCCGUCGGUUUCCAUGCCUCUCGUGCCGCCUACGAGCAAUUAUCCAUCGGGAAGUUCGCCUUUGCCAUUCAUGGGGAGCAAUCGUCGACACUUUUACCCCCCCGCCACAUACUCAUAUGAACCGUAUCCAGUGAUGAAUCCCUCAAGGUCAUCGCCCACGCGAAACGUGUUUGAUCAGCCGCUGGUGGGCCAGACGUUGUAUAACAAUGGUGUCAGCGUCCAGAGCUACCCUUUCCCAAUGUCAGCAGGCUACAACAAUCCUCCUCUGUUCGGAUCUUUCAACGCUGGACCUUCAUAUAGUCCACCCCGCAGCAAUCAAAGGACGAGCGUCGGACCAACUGCCCGCAGUGCACGUGCAGAUACUGUACGUGGCCCUUAUGCAAGAAAUCGAGAGCCAGUACCAGGAGGCCGGGCUCGAGAUCCGAGACCACCACCUCAAGGACCGAGCCAAGCAAGGGAACAAACAUAUCCUGGAUUCGAACAACCUCUAUGGAUUUCCUUUCCAGGUCCGAGCCGCCGCUCAGACCGUAGUACGUCCCCGCGCGCCUCGAAUCGUAGGAAUUUCGAGCGGUACUCGGUCGACCUCUCACAGUCGAGCACGUCGUCUGACGCAGAAGAAGCGGCUGCCCGUGCGCCACCAUCGAACCGCACGAGGCACCGACCAAGAGAAGUACGACCACGGCCGCCAGGCCGCCAGACUUUUAGCGACCCCAAUGUUUCCACUGCUCGACAGAUCAAUAUACUGAAGCUCAGCCUGAAUCGGCAUCUACCAAGCGCGCUUCCAGAGGAUGCGUCCAAAACUUGUGAUAUCUGUCAGAAAGACUACGCCACGACACUUGUAGCACCCUCAGAAGACGAUGAGAAUGCUGUGCAGCUAGUUUGCGGACACAGAUUUGGAGAAUUCUGCAUAAACCAAUGGCCCAUCAUGGAAGACGGCAAUAGAGACAACUUCCAGCUGCCCGCCCCUCCACCCCCACUGCAGACUCGCGACAACGCAAUGGAUCGCCCAGGCACGCCGACCGAGGCCUUCAUGAGCCCGCAGCAGACGCCCCAGGGCAGUCCAAGCAAACACCACCAGCCGCCCGGCGCAUUCGAUCUGCCGCACGUCUUCGAGAAUGCCAUGAGGCUGCUACCCACCAUGGGCUCGCCCUCCAGGACGAAGCCCGCAACACCAACACUGCCCAACAAACUGCAGCUCGGCGACUACAGCGCACCGGACAGCCCAAGUCAUGCACCGGGCAGCCCCACACGCAAGUCGAAUCAAGAGAACACGCCCCUCAGUGGGCGCCCGGGUCUGCAGAAGGAGUCGAGCUAUCUCACACACGCAGCACAGUCGCGGCAGGAGCCCUACAGGACACGCGAGGAAGGCCAGCAGUCUACGCGCUACAUCAACGGCCCACAGCGCUUGUCACCAGAGGAAUUGGAGAAGGCAAGGAAGCCGGCCGUCAAGCGCCUGGCCAACGUGACUCAGCUGUACUUCCUCGAUUACUACUACGAUCUGCUCACUUACGUGCACAGUCGCCAGAGCCGUCUGUCCCAGUUCAAGGCCCAGAACCCUCCACCGCCAGAUACACCAGAAGAGGAAUACAACGAUGCCCUUACACAAUAUCUCGGCCGCGAGCGUGCCAAUCUCCGCAAGCGACGUACUCGGUUACGGCAGGGUGAUUUCCAGAUCCUCACACAAGUCGGUCAGGGUGGCUAUGGACAGGUAUACUUGGCCCAGAAAAAGGACUCACGCGAGGUGUGCGCCCUCAAGGUCAUGAGCAAGAAGCUGCUAUUUAAGCUGGACGAAGUUCGCCACGUCUUGACAGAGCGCGAUAUCUUGACCACUGCUAAGAGCGAGUGGCUUGUCCGCCUACUCUACGCCUUCCAAGACGAUAAGAGCAUCUACCUCGCCAUGGAAUACGUCCCCGGAGGUGACUUCCGAACCUUGCUCAACAACACUGGUGUCUUGCACAACCGACAUGCCCGCUUCUACAUUGCCGAAAUGUUCUCGUGUAUCGAUUCGCUGCAUCAGCUGGGCUACAUUCAUCGCGACUUGAAGCCCGAGAACUUCUUGAUCGACAGCACUGGACACGUCAAGCUAACAGACUUUGGCCUUGCAGCCGGUAUCCUUGCGCCUUCAAAGAUUGAGUCUAUGCGUAUCAAGCUCGAGUCUGUCAGUGACGUUGUGUCGCCAUUUGGCCGUCCUAUCGAAGACCGAUCGGCAGCACAGCGUCGGGAAAACUACCGCUCUCUUCGCGAACGGGACGUCAACUACGCCAAGAGCAUUGUUGGAAGCCCUGACUACAUGGCGCCUGAAGUGUUGAAGGGUGACGAGUACGAUUUCACAGUCGACUACUGGAGCCUGGGGUGUAUGUUGUUCGAGGCCCUAGCCGGAUAUCCACCCUUCGCUGGUGCCACGGUUGACGAAACCUGGCAAAACUUGAAACAAUGGAAGAAGGUCUUGCGGAAACCCGUCUACGAAGAUCCUUCCUACUUCCUGUCGAAGCGCACCUGGGACCUCAUCGUCCGUCUCGUAGCAUCCAAGUCUACUCGCUUCCGCAACAUUUCUGAGAUACAUGCCCAUCAGUACUUUGCUGAGGUCGAUUGGACGAGGUUGAGGGAGCAGAAGGCACCGUUCGUACCGGAGUUGGACAGCGAGACCGAUGCUGGAUACUUUGACGAUUUCGGCAACGAAGCCGAUAUGGCGAAAUACAAGGAAGUACACGAGAAGCAGGCUGCUUUGGAGGCUAUGCAAGACCGCAACGUUCAGAUGGGCAAGGGUCUAUUCGUUGGAUUCACCUUCCGCCACAAGAAGACAGCCGACGAGAAUGGCAAGCCGUCAAGCCCCAGGAAGCCGCUUCCAAUGGUUGAGGAGAACUUUGGCACCAUAUUUUAA